UCCAUUUUCAGCCUCUUCAGUCCCGACGGCCAUAGCCCCAAGUUUCUCCUGGUCCUAUCCUUAUCUGUCUAUCUAUCUAUCUCUCGAUCUACCUACCUACCUAUAUACCGAUUUCCUCGAUUGAUACUCCGUACCCACCACACCUUCACACCUUCACAACAUGCACGAACAUGAAAUGUCCCACAUGGGCCCUCGGGCCUUCAAUCACGAACAGAGUCAAGAUGCCGAAGCCGAGUACGAACGUCUCCGGAACCUCGCCCACCAGGAGGCUUCGAAGCGCAACUCCUGUUUCCAACGGUCCCAGGAAGCCUACUCCAGCGGCGAUGGCGCAAAGGCCAAAGAGCUCUCCGAGCAGGGCAAGUCCCACGGGCGCAAGAUGGAGGAGUACAACAAGCAGGCGUCCGAGUACAUCUUCCGCGAGAACAACGCCAGCGGGCGCGUCGCGGCCGACACCAUCGACCUUCACGGCCAGUAUGUCGAGGAGGCGGAGGAGAUCCUCGAGGAGAGGAUCAAGUAUGCGAAGUCGCAUGGACAGAAUCAUCUUCACGUAAUCGUCGGCAAGGGCAACCACUCCGCCAACCACAUCCAGAAGAUCAAGCCGCGCGUCGAACAAGUCUGUCAAGAACUCGGCCUGCAAUACGCGACGGAGGAAAACGCCGGCCGCAUCUACGUCAACCUCACCGGCGGCCCUGCUGAUUCUGUGCCGCCUGCGCCUGCGCCCCCGUCCGAGGGCUACGCCCAGCCUGCUCCUCCUCCUUCCCACCAGCAAUAUCCCGGUCAGCAGUACCAGCAACAACCCCAGCACGCCCAAUAUGCCCAGCCGGCGCCGCAGCAACAACCAUACCAGCAGCCCCAGCAGCAGCAGCAGCAGCAAUAUCAACAACCUCAGCAGCAACAGCAGCAGGAUGAGAUGGAACAGUUGGUUACGAAGGUGCUGCGGAAACUGGAGAAGGCUUGCUGUGUGGUGAUGUGAGGGGUAUAUACAACAUAUAUUAUCAUGUCAUGUCUUGCAUUUAGAGUAUUUGGGGCAGUGGGAUCUAUUACGAGUGAGUGGCAGAUAGAGAGACAUAGAGAGACAGACAGACAGAAAGAGAGAGGGGGGGGGAGACUCUAGGGUGGUUCUUGGCGUGAUGACUGGGAUUCCAUUUUAUUUCGUGCGUUGGAGGAAGGAUUACUUAUACCCAGGGUGUUGGAUUCAGUUCCGGAUGAUGAUUGGAUUGGAAUAUUCCGGUAGGUACCUACUAUACUUGGUUUUAUUUUUUUUGUGGUCGGAGGUUUUGUCUUACUGCAGCGGGUAUCUAGAAGAAGGAAAGAAGGAAAGAAGGAAAAGGAAGGAGAAGGGUCGUAUUGAAAUUACC